AUGGUGGCGCACCACAACAACACUUCAACUCCAACAAGUCACUUGACAAUAUCUUCACAAGAAAAAAACACCCAAACAUUUCUGUUGCUCGUCAACAUGCCUUGGAAUAUUCUCAAGACUUUAAAAGACAAAAGCAACAUCCCCGCCAACCCCACACCCUCAAAGCCCACCUAUCAAUACGCCCCCCUCCCAACAACCACCCCCUCCAUCCGCCUCGCGCACAUCUCCCCAGGCCCCCCAUCCUCCCCCCUCUCCAUAACCCUCCACCCCGUUCCCCUCUUCACCACACCCCCAUCCCUCUACGAAGCCCUCUCCUACACCUGGGGUCCUCCAACCCCCAAAUCCCACAUCCAACUCCACGGCCUCACCCUCCCCGUAACACCCAGCCUCUCCCUCGCCCUCCACCGUCUGCGGCUCCCAGACCGCGAACGCAUAGUCUGGAUCGACGCACUAUGCAUCGAUCAAUCCUCUACCUUGGAGAAAACCUCCCAGGUCCGCAUGAUGCGCGAGAUAUAUGAGCGUGCAUCUCGGGUAGUUGUUUGGCUUGGGCCAGCUGACGGCACGAGUAAGACUUGCGUUGAGUUUCUCAGACGGGUAGCUCUGUUGAAUUUUCCGAGUCGACAGGCGGAAGAGAAUUGGUUGGUGGGGUUUAUGAAUGAGCCUUCUAAUGAUGCGGUAUGGAAAGCGCUGUUUGAUUUUACGCGGAGGGAGUAUUGGCGGCGGAUGUGGAUCGUGCAGGAGAUUGUGACGGCGAAGAAGCUGGUAGUGUACUGUGGUGCCGACGAGCUUGAGUGGGAGGAGGUUCUCAAAUUCAUGUUUCUCGUGUAUGAGAAUCCUGCUGCGUUAUCGAAACAUAGACGGCCGGAGAUGGUGACGAGGUUUAUGAAUGUUUGUGAUGGGUUGCUGCCAGCGAAUCUGAAUAAUAUGAAGAAUUCGGAGGGGAGACAUGGUAGUUUGUGGGCUAAUCUGAGUUUCUUUCGGUACUAUAAGUGUACGGAUGAGAGGGAUAAGGUGUUUUCUAUUCUGGGUAUCUCGGGGGUUGAAGGGGAGACGACGGAGAGUCUGUGUGCGAGGAUUGACUAUGAGAUGGACACGAAGCAAGUCUUCAUCGAAAGCGUGAAGUUGAGUGGGAAGUAUGCCAGUCAGGGAUACGGACCUCUGACGGUGAUAUGUUUGAGUACUCCAUGGGCAGGAAACCGAUCACUGCCAUCCUGGAUACCGGACUGGACUUAUUGGCCUGAUAUGAUGGCUCUACAAGGCAUACAUCACAGCCUUCGCCAAAGCAACAUCUUCGCCAGUGGUGCCUACGACAAGAGUAUGACAAUCCAAAUCGAGGGUGAUGUUCUCGUCGCCUCAGGAGUUCAAAUCGAUACUCUGGCUACAGUUGCAGAAACCGCCAUCGGUGCAGAUAUCGGGAAGGUUGAAACCUGGGAAUCAAUGGUUCCAGGUCGUCACCACACAUUUCUCAUCUUACACGCCUACGAAACAUAUUUCUCGUGGGCAAAGCUCGCUUUCGGUCCUCGACUGGAACGUAUUGGCGACGAAGAAUGGGUCGACGGGUUCUGGCGAACAUUGUGCUGCAAUCGUGCCUUGCAAAGUCCCCACCUACCUCAAUUCCGUGAACAGUGUCUUAAAUGGUUGCGGAGAGGAAAUACCAAGGCGAUUAUGCAACAUUGGGAAGAAGAUAUGCGUGCUGCGGGGCCGAAUGAGAAGGCAUGGGAGCAGAGUUUUCUGAGGCAUGCGAGAGGGAGGAAGUUUGGUGUUACGGAAUGCGGGAACUUUUCUUUAGUGAGUGGGAAUGCGAAAAAGGGAGAUCGAGUUUGUGUAUUAGUGGGAUGUGAUUUUCCAGUUGUAUUGAGAAGGAAUGGGGGUCGGAUUGCGGAUGAAGGAAAUGUGGUUCUGGUUGGUGAGGCAUAUGUUGAUGGAUACAUGGAGGGGAGAGCUAUGGAUGAGGUUGCUGAGGGUAGGCGUUUGCCGGAGGAAUUUAGGAUCCAUUGA